AUGGAGCAAAGAAACGUCGUUAUCAAGCGGGUCCGAAGGAAACAACACAGCAGCUGUGAUCAAUGCAGAAAAGCGAAGCGUGCUUGCGACGCUGCUUUACGGGCAGAGUCUUCUGACGAGAGUAGUACACAGCAUUUAUCCGCCAGUGUACAGGUGCCAGUAGCAAGUUGUUCCAACUGCCAUAGAAGUGGCAAAACAUGCACCUUCGAAUGGCUGAAGUUGUCACUGCACAAGUCUACCGCAGGAAGCAACAAACAACAUCAGGGUCGUUCUAAAGGCACUCGGAACGUAGCGAGACGCAAAACAUCCCUUGGUGUAGAGCACAUCCUCCCACAAUGGUCACCGGUGCAGAAGGAGCCCACCGUUAUCUCUUCGCUGAACCAGGACUGGGAGCAAUUCGACAUUGAUUCCCUUGACACCUGGAGGCCGUUCAACAACACCAAAGACCUUCCAGGACAACUGCAGAAGUUCUCGCCAUCUAUAUCCUUUUCUUCAGAUUCGAGGACGAUAUCUCACGAAAACUCGGGCUGCUUGGUGGGUGCUUCCUUUCAGCUUCCUAGUCGCAUCGCGCAGGGAACCACAGAAGCCCUCAGUGAGGAGCGACCCGAGAAUUCCUGGUUCUCCUUUGAUCCAGAUUGCUUGACGGAAAUGGAGCUCAAUAUGUUACAAUCAUCUGGAGAGUCUGCUUCUGCUUCAGCCUCGGGACCUAGCUGGACAACAUGUCUCGACCCGACUGACCGACAACCUAUCUCACGAGAGAACUCGGAACAGGACGACCCUCUCAGUGUGUUCUCGCCCUCACUUUUCCUGUCUGAUCAGGUUUCAUCUGCAACAAAUCGAUUGGCUUUGAGCCAGAAUUGGCUUCAUGUGUACCAUGAUAGUCUAGAGAAUGCAUUGUCAUGCUGGCUCACAGAACGAAACUGUCCAUACAGUGAAAAGAACUCGGAUCGUCUUGUCAUCAGGACCAGGCCCAAGUCUUUCGCGAUGGAUAGCGCCCAGGGAGAGUGGGGACCAAAAUGGUCGAAUCGUAUUUAUGCGAGAGUUUGCCGACUUGACCAAGCCUCCUCGAGUCUGCCUGGGAAGCAACUGUCAAGAUUUGAGCAAGACCAAGCAGGCAAGGCCUUAAACCUAGCUAUCAUGGCGUUUGGGGUGCAGUGGGCGCAGUCCGGCGCUCGUGGCAAGAUCAAAUCACCGCGUUCUUUCUUACAAGAUGAUUUCAAUCUUCAGCAGGACCAAGAUCUGCCUGCAGCCGACGCAUUUGGCCGAUCUAUGCAAGAGACCCUGUGGAAUCAAGCUCGACAAGCCUUACUGAGUGCAUCUGGCGUUCACUCGUAUAAGGUCGUCUUUGCCAAUCUCAUCUUCAGUUUGACACAAAGGCCGCUCGAGAUCAAUCAGUGGCUCGAAAGUAGAGAGAGAAAGUCACCAGCUGGGAUUUUCGGAAAUACGGGCGCCGAAAACAAUGAUCUCGAAUCGAGUUGGAGGACUCUGCAGGAGCUCCUCGAGGCUGAUGGACCGCCAAUCUUCCUCGAAACAGCGCUACGUGAGUUGGCAUCUUCACGCUGGAAAUGGGACGAACAGGCUAGGAAGAAACUCAAAUCAAGAUCAGAGGGUCCAGAUAAAACGACGAGCCCUUUUCAAACAUCAGCAGCACCCACACUGACAGCGGAACACCAAGAAACCUUCAAACUUCUCUCAUGGUUGGCGAUAAUGUUCGACACGCUCUCUGCAACCGUCCUGCAACGCCCUCUUGUCAUCUCCGAUGAAGAUACGGCUGUUGCGGCAUCGGACCCCUGGAAAGAAGGCACAGAUUCCAAGCCGACGGGCAUGGGUGAAGACGGAACGGACGUCGAUGCCCUCAAUGUCGACCUUGACGGAUGGCAGCCGCCAGCCGGGCAGCCGGAGAUUGAUGUCGAGGCCGCUUCUGGUGAUAUCUGGGGCACGUUUUUCACUCAUGAAGAAGACCUGCUCAAUGUACAGACCCUUGAACGAGGAGAUUGGUCGUGUACGUUUGAUGAAGGUGCCGCUAUCCUUUGCGAUGCAGCUCCCGUCAAGGUUCUCCUCUUCCGCAAGAUUGGUCGUGUUCAAAAGCUCAUGUCGAGAAAGUGCGGGAGUUUGGUACUUGAGGCUGCGCUGGAGGAUGCCAUCAAGGUGUACAGAUUUUGGAAUAAAUCAUACGGACGAUUUAUCGAAUAUUGUAUGAAGAACCAUCACGAUUUGCCUGCACGGAUACAAUCCUGGUAUGUUGUUCUCGCGGGCCAUUGGCAUCUUGGAGCCUUGCUGCUUGCAGAUGUCAUCGAUGAGCUGGACAACGCUGGCCUGGGGGGCGUGGAACAUCGACAAAAGCGGCGGAUUGCCACCCUGUCAACUGACUUGAGACGGAAGAACGCGAUUGCCAUCUCGGAUCUAUGCCGGUGCUCAUUGAGUGGGUCAUCGUUGUCGUUUUCCAAUUCACGAGAAUUUGCAUAUCCCAUCAAUCAAUUUGCACUACUCUCGGAGCCGUGGACGGUCGUGCUCGUCCAGGCUUUUAGUAGAGCAGGAUAUAUUUUCCUCGAUCAACUCAGCCGGCCUCCAGCUCCGAGAACUAAUACGCGAGUGAGUCUAGUAGAUGAGCGCAGCAUGACGAGGAGCCGUUGUGAACAUUGCAUUGAUGGUUUAUCGAAUAUUGGGAAUAAAUCUGACAUGGCGUACUUGGCCGCGAAGCUGCUGACAGAUGCUCUGCAGUCUCUGCAUAUUUCAUAG